CCCAUUGCGUCUCCCACCUGCAGCUGCAGCUGCAGGCGCACUACCCACUCCCCUUCCCGCCCCUAUUUCUCACUCCCGUCUCUCCCUUCCAUUUCGCUGCGCUUCCCCAACCUUCCCCUUCACUCCCACCAGAGCAGAGCACACCGCGAGAGACAGAGCAGACAAACCCUAGCCCGCCGCCGCCGCCGCCGGAGUUGGGAGAGGAGAGGGGGAGCGCGCGCGCGGCCAUGGACCUCCUCGAGAUCCCGCUGCCCAACAUGUUCGAGCAGCUCCUCGGCAAAGAUGAGGACACGUGGCCGCCGGAGGCGCGCUUCCUCGUCGCCGCGCACUACGGCAACGUCCGCCGCCUCAAGGAGAUCGCCAGGAAGCUGGACCGCAAGGGGAAGGCGGGGGAGGAGGCCACGGUGGCCGCCACCACCUACCGCGGCAUGAACGCGCUCCACGCCGCCGUCGGGGGCCAGGGCAAGCUCGCCGCCUGCCGCUACCUCGUCGAGACCGUCAGGAUGGACGUCAACAUGUGGGACUCCUCCCCAAGCAAGAAGACGCCCCUGGAGCACGCCGUGGACGGCAACAACCUGCCCGCCCUCAGGUACCUCCUCGACCAUGGCGCCGACCUCACCCAGGAAGAGGACGACGGCGACACUGUUCUUCAUCACGCUGCAAGGAGAGGGAGGUGUGAAAUAGUAAAGUUGCUGCUUGCUAGAGGAGCCGACGUUAACGGCAGCUCACAACACGGGACACCACUCCAUCUUGCUGCUGUUAAAGGGCAUGAGAGCACUGUGGAGGCUCUGUUGGAACACCAUGCAGAUGUCAACAAGGUUGUGCCUUCUAAUCUAGUAACACCUCUAAAGGCCGCAUUGUUAAGCGCUUCCACGCCUUGUGUGAAGUUAUUGGUUCAGGCUGGAGCUAAUGUGAAUGAUGUCAAUAAUUCCUUGGCAAGAGCUGCAAGCGAAGGCUUGACUGAAUGUGUGAAGUGCUUGCUGGAGGCUGGUGCAGACCCAAAUCGUCCUGAUGAGUGUGGUAGAUUCCCGAUAGAGUUAGCUGCUGUGUAUGGUACAAGGGAAGACGUUGAGCUUCUAUUUCCUGUCACCUCCCCAAUCUCAACUGUGGCAGACUGGAGCAUUGAUGGGAUAAUUAAUCAUGCCAAACUGGAGAGGUUGCAGCUGCAGGAUGAGGAUGUUCUUAACACAAGGAAGUCUGACCUGAAACGAAAAGGGGAUGAAGCAUUUGAAAAGCAGGAUUACACAAGUGCAUCAGAGUUCUACACACAGGCACUGAAAGUUGAUCCUUCUGAUGGCAAGAUGCUCGCGAGCAGGAGCCGCUGCUGGCUUCAGCUUGGCGAUGGACAAAAGGCUUUGGAGGAUGCAACCAGAUGCAAGAGGAGGUGCCCGGAGUGGGCGGAGGCGCGCCUUCGCCGAGGACAGGCUCUGAUGCUGCUAAAGGACUAUGAGAAAGCUUGCGAGGAGCUGUCGGGCGGCGUGGAGCUGGACCCCGAGAACGAUGAGAUGGACAAAUUGUUCUGGGAGGCGAUGGAACUGAAGAAGAAGUGAUGCCUGCCUGCGCGUCGCGAAACCGAAGCCCUUCUCUUUUUUUUGGCGUUUUCGUAGAUGGGAUGAUUAGAAACGCUCUCAGUCAGUAGUAGCAGCAGGUGGUGCCGGCAUUUUGCUGCUACUUAAGUUUGGCACAAUGGCACAAUGUGUCAUCUUGGUGACAGUCUUAAGACUCUAGAAUUCAGAGCAAAGUAGUUAAGUAGAUUAUCUAUCACUGGCAGCUUUUGGUAAGCUUGUGCUGAGCCCAUGCCCAUGCAACAACAUUUCUACUCUCACUGCAUCAUCCGGUUUGUGAGAGGAUGGUGGAUGGUAAUGGAUCGAAUUUGGUGGGAUUUUCUGUUGA